AUAGCGUAUAUAAUAGCCACUAUCUAUUGUAACCUCAAAAUAUAUGCCUUAAAACAUGUACAAUUUUUAACUAAAAUGAGUCAGUUUUUAAUGAGUGUUACUGCUAGAACAGAUAACUAGUAGAAUAAAAACUUAUUAGAAUAUUUUGUAACAUUCUGCACAAUGAUUUUUAAAACAUUUACUUAUUUGUAUAUUUUAAGAUUUGCUUGGUCUAAAGUGGUUGAGCCAAAUUUUGCUUUAUAUCAUUUGAUAAAAAAUAACGGUUUUCAUAGGGAGUUUGAAUGGUUCCUAGAGUCAACAUUUAUUGAUGAGCCAACUAAUAACUUUUCAAAAUGUGAAUAUGUUCUACAAAUUGUCAUUCCUACUGGUAUGUUCGUUAAUCCAGACGAAAUUGCAGAUUUAAAUAGGAAAAAAAUGAUAAAUGCGUUUUUGGAUGGCUUUGUUGACAUAGAAGCUCCUGAAUAUGAAGCCAAAGAACACACCAUUUAUAUAUUUUUGAAUGGUAGUAAAAUAAGAAGUACAACAGUAAUGUUGCCAUUUCAUUUAAGAUACCACAGGGCGACUUUUGGAGGGGGGUUUGCAGAGAUAAACAUUAAUAAACCAUCUUUACUUGUUUAUUGUCCCUCUGGAAUGUUAACAUUUUUUGAGAAUAAUCCUAUAGUUGAGGGCGUUUGUGAUUUGAAAGGCCAGACUAAAUGUGCUUGGUGGAAUAUCACGUACAAAGCGUUUUUUGAGGAUGCCCAAAUAUUAGUACCAGUUGGAAAUUUGGACCAUUUUCCUUUUGUUGCCAUAGUUUCCUUAAUUUUAGGCUGCCUUGGGUGCAUUUAUGUAUUAUCAGUAUUAUCUUCUAGAAAAUGAGACUGAAUACUUUUUAAAUUAAGUUUGUACCUACUUUCCUUCAUUGCAUUGUUAUUAAUAAUUUUAAUAUCUGAGUUAAAUAAACGAUUUUAAACAUAA